AUGUCGUCUCACAAGACCUUCAGAAUCAAGAGGUUCCUGGCCAAAAAACAAAAACAAAACAGCCCCAUUCCACAAUGGAUUCGUAUGAAAGCUGAUAAUAAAAUCAGGUAUAACUCCAAGAGGAGACAUUGGAGAAGAACCAAGCUGGGUCUAUAAGGAAUUGCACUUGAAUGGCGCGCACAUUUCUUCUGUCUUAAUGUCACUAUCAUCACAUCAAGCUGAAGA